AUGAUUCUUGACUUUAAAGAUGAUUCAUUGGCAGCAGAUGAAUUUGGAGUUUAAAUAACAAGUCAUGGAUUAUUUUUGGAUUAAUUGAAUACUUAAGGCUCUCACAUAUUUGUUAGAAGGUAGAUUCAUCCUUAUUACAGAAGUUUGUUCUAAGUGAGCCGCAAUAUUGAUGCAAAAUAUCCUCAACAGCCCAGAUCUUAAGAUAACUAUUACUAGUAGAGAAGUAACAAUUAUUAAAACGACAGAUAGUUUAAUGAUAACAAUUUCAACCGAGAGAAUGGAAGAGGAAGAGGAAACAAAUACCCCAACAAUUAUGACAGAAAUAUGCAUUAAAAUGCUCAUCCAGGAUAUGGUUAAUAUAAUCAAGAAGAUUAAGAAGAUAACUAAGGUGGCUAUCAGAUGAGAGGAAGAGGCUAAGGUAGAGGUGGAUAUGUCAAUCAGAGAGAUGGUGGAAAUUAAAGGAACGAUGAUAAUCAGUAUGAACACAGACCUAGAGGAUGGAGAGGUGGAAGAGCUAGUUAAGAAUCUGACAGAUAUCGCCCUAGGUCUAGAAAAUCAAGUAUUACAAACGAUAUUUAGUAAGAAAGAAUUUAUGGUAGAUAGGACAAUAAUGAAUAAAAACCAGAAGUUUAGAGUAAUCAAUUAUUCAAUAACGAGGAAGAAGCGAAAUCACAAUAAAUAUAAUAACCUGCCAGUAAUAACAUUAAUGAAGAAGAUUCUGCAUAGGUUUAGUAAAGGCCAAAGCAAUAUGCAAGAGGCCAAAGAAGAUAAAUUUCAGAAGAUGAUUAAGAGCCAAAAAACUAUAGAGGAAAUAGAGGAGGUUAUAAUCAGGAUGAGAGACAUUAAAAUAGAUAAUCCGAAGAUAGAUUGAAUGAAAAUGGAAAUGAGAAUCGUCCUUAAAGUAGAGGUGCUUAUGCUAGAGGGUAAAGAGGAGGUGCUUAUGCUAGAGGGUAAAGAGGAGGUGCAUAUGCUAGAGGCGAAAGAGGAGGUGGAAAUGCUAGAGGGGAAAGAAGAGGUACAUAUGAUAGAGGAUAAAGAGGAAAUGGAAGAGGUAGAGGAAGAGAUGAAUAUCAAAAUAAUAACUAUGAAGACAAAAAUCGCAAUUAUGAAAAACAGGAAGUAGAACAAAAUGAAAUGAAUGAUGAGGGUCAAGGUUUUAAUUAAAAUUAGAAUGAAUUUUGA